AUGGCCCCUGCGAUCUUCGGCCUACGCCUCUGGAUGGCCUUCGUGACACUUGUCAACCUCAGCAUUACCAUCGCCAGGUACGCUUACCAGAUCCCCUUGAUAAACAAGUACGCCGACAACGCCGCCAACGCCGCCAAAGCCGCCAAAGCCGCCGACGAGGACUACAACGACUACAGCCCCGACCUACGGUACGAGUACUACUGGGGAGACUACGCGAUCAUCAUCGCCUCCGUCGUCCUCUUCCCCGCCUACCUCUACUCCAUAUGGGGCAAGAAACCUCUCGUUUCCAACAAGUACAUCCGUGCGUCUCUUAUGCUUCUCCCGGCCCUGUUCCUGAUCAGUGUCCAGCUCCGCCAAAUUGAUGUCGCGCUCAUGUUUUUCAAGUUUGUCGUAGAGAGGUCAGGGAGGGAUAGGUGGAUUAAGCCCUUUUCAUGUGCGAAUAGCGACGGUAGUGUGGAUGCUGAGUGUACCCUUAUGCAGAGUCAUAUCUUUGUCCCUAUUGUUACCGGGUUCUUUGCGAUCAUUGAGGUCGCUGUUACGUUUUUCCGUGGGCCUCUUCAUCCUGCCAAGGAGGUUUACCAUUAA